GCUGUGUCAGGGACGUCGGGCGGAGAGCAGCAGUUGUAACGAGCCUCACGUGAAGUUUAAUGGCAGCGAGGCCGAGGGCGCUUUAUUUACUGCUCCCACAGGUUAAUUGUCAGCAUGUUUCCGUCCAGCAGCAGAGUGAAGCUCAACCGAGUCGCGUUAAAAGACGCUGUCGGCCCUCAGCCGCACUUUCCGCGGCGGAGGCGAGUCUCAAGGUCGCCGACGAAAGUUUCAGCUGAGCCCGAAAAACCAGAAGCUUCUGAGGGAACCUGCGCGAGAGACGGCGGCGACGAACCCGUCCAGAGCUGGUUAGCACGGCGAGGGGACCCGGGCGAUGCGGGUGCGGAGGAGCCGGAGCACUGCUGCGGAGGAAGCGCUGAAGAGACGGGAAGAAGAAAGGUCAUGGAGUCAUGCAGAGAGAGUGAUGGAGAAGAGUUCCAACCAGAGGGACCCGACACUAGAGACAAAAAUAGGAAUACACACCCAAGCCCCACUGGUUCACAGGGGUGUUCGAGAAGAACUGUUUCAGCCUCCAGCUGUGGUCCCUGUGGGGACUGUGAAUACAUUUCCCCUCAGAGGAAGACACUGGUUAAGAAGGAGCAAAAAAGCAGUAGCCCAGGGCCAGAGCAGUCUGCAGAUGAGUUAAAAAUUAAUAAAGGAAACCCAGUCACUGAUGCCUCUAAGGAGAUUGUCACAUGGGUAGACCAGUACGCAAAGGUAACGCUUUGUGACAUAGCCCAAAAAUGUCACCCAUACAGUCACAAUUGUGGCUAUGUGUUACCGGAUGUUCUCAAGAACAAGGUUGUGCAUUGCUUCAAACAUGACAUGACAGAUGUUCAGAAGGACCCUGGAACACUUUAUGAACUCAUUGGAGCAGAGAUUUCCAGUAAGAAAAGAACAAAGCUUGGGUAUAGCAUGACAAAAGAAAGCAUGCCUUCCGACGCUGAUUCAAAAAACAUUAGUUGCAAUGACACAGCAAGAACUUACUUUAUAGACAAAGAGAAAACAUGUUCGGAGAUGUCUGGUAACAGUCAGUCAUGUUUGGAACUCACAUUUGGGAGCUGCAGCACUCACACUUCAACUAUGAAAGAAAACUGCGUCCAUGCGAGACAUUGGGUUCAGAUAGACAAACCCAGAGAAAGUGACGCAGCACAAAUGUCAUCACAACUGUUCUGUCCGAUGAGCGAGGCGGAUGCAGAUGAACCAGAGUCAUCCACCUGCCAGAGAGUGAGGGUCUAUAGCAGAAAACAACAUUUUUCUUGUGCACGGACAUACAUGUCUUGGCCCUUCUCUAACACAAGCCGUACCCUUACAGCAAAUACUGGCACUACAGCCUGUCAAGCAGAACACAUUCAUCCAUCAGCUAGAAACAAUAGUGACUCUUCAAUAAAUCAAAUUCAGUCAGCUUCGCUGAGCAGCCAAACUAAUGAUGUGCUCCCAAAUGCACCUGCAGAGACCUCUUCAGACACAACCCACAAGGUUUCUCAUCACAAUGAAGAAAAGGAGGAUGUAGGGUGCAUUACAGCCAAGAGAAAUGGGAAAAGAGACAGUCAUAUGUCUUCAUACUCUUCAGACAGCAAUAACAUGGAGUUUGAACCUCACUUUAUGGACGCUCAAGAAUCAUUUGCCGGUCUGCUCUCAGAUUCGGCCACACUUUCUACCUCAAGUCAGUGUGAUAGAGCGCCUGGCACUGACACAGCUUUGGCCUUAAGCAUGCCAGCUAAUGGACCAGAUACCGACAGCUCCACGUCUACUCCAUCCCCCUCAGUGUUAGGCCUGAAUGACUGGGAAACAACCACUACUGCGUCUCCCACAUCAUUUCUGUUCACACACAGUGGCUUGAGCCCACAUUCAGUGUUCCUACUUGAGAAAGUCAAAGCUGUUGAGUCGGCAGAAGCUCGAUCUGCAUGCACGUCACCGGUGUCCUCAGUCAAACGAGUUAUCAGCGCUGUAGAAAAACCAUUGUUUCACAGUGAAGAAACUCAAAUGACUUCAUGUCCUUCACCUACAUCUCCAUUUUUUUCUUUGCACAACUGUGACUCCUGUCAUUCAUGUCAAUCCUUCCUCCUCCUACCUCAAGGUAGGCAAGAGGGUGAUAAAGAGAAAGAAAUUCUCACUGACAGGAGUCCACCAAAACUGGAGCCAUAUUAUAACCAAAGCCCCAUGAACCACAACUAUGCUGUUACUUUUGGAAGAGGCAGUUCGUCAUUACAAAACAUUACCAAGGAAAAGUGUGGCGAAACUAAUUCAAAUGAAUUCCUGCUUCCACCACUUCUUUCUCCUGUCGCUUCACCGCAAUGGCACUUGCUCAGAAGCUCCUUGCCCCAGAGACAAUGCUGUUUAGAGGAGGAGAUGAAAAAUGACAACAGUAAACACACAACACUACCAGGAUAUCACAUGCCACAGAUUGGUGAAGGUGAUCAUCAGAAUGGCGGGGAGAAUUUUGACCGUCAUCAACAUGAAGGACACGCAAAUGAGGAAAUGGAGGGAGCCUCAUCAAAAUUUAAAACUAUGAAUGACGAUUUCAGAGAGGGAAGCCAGGAUAACAUUGAUUAUGAAGAUGACGUGGAACAGUCUGACAGAUCUUUGUCAGAACCCUGCUCUUCUCCCAGCAGCGAUGAAGGAUCCCCAUCUGAAACGGUGGGCAGUGAGAGGCAUAAAACUGAAGCGGAAGCAGCUGGUGGUACUGACAGCAGCCUUCUUGAUGAGUUCACCGCUUAUGAACGUGAUAUCUUGCUUGUCAAUGUGAUCCCUGACCCAGAGCUGUUUGAAAAUCUACCUGAGGAAAGUCUGCUAAAGUUGGGUCCUACAAGAGUCAGUGAUGCCCCUAAAACCAGACCUGCUGGAGCAGUGAAAACUCUAUUACCGAGAUGGACACCAACAGUUAUUGUAGAUCUUCACAAUGGCAGUCCUGAUAUCAAAGAGGAGAGUAACAGCAGACCCUGGAGACCUCAAUGUAACAGCAACCUUUCCACAAUCAUGGGUCAUUUUGAUGCCAACAAUAAUAUGAACUGGAGCCUGGAAAGGAGUCAGCCCGUCCAGGCAGUGAACCCCCCACAUAACAUCUCUGCACAUAUGAUCUUAAGAAAUGGGCCAUUGAUCACAAACCGGGCAAACAUGACAGAAAUUAGGCGCCAUAAAUCUACUGUUUACUGCAGACAGUACUUCAGUGAGUCUCUGUCCUGUGGAUUCAAGAUGUGUCGAUUCAAGCAUGUGCCUGUGGACGGAGAUGAAAAGUUCUGUGUUGAAACUGUGAUGCGGUUCAUCCAAAAUCCAACGUGUGUCCAGAAAGCAGGUGCUGUAUUUACAGGCUACUACCAGAACAACCCACCAGGUGUGUUCUUCUCCAUGCCAGUGUUUGUGUCACUCCUCUGGUCCCUGCUCAAAGCCUGCAUGGUGUCUGAUAUCCUCUCAGUCCUUAGUGUCAGCUUGGCUCAUAAGAUAGCGCCUGGCCAUGAGUUCCUGCUGGCCCUGUUUGACUUGGUGAGAGAGAAGGGCCUUGUGGGAUUUUUACCUCAACUCAUGCGGCUCACAUUCAAGAUGGCCAGUGGAGGUCUAGUGCUGAGUUUGGAUUGGUUUGAAAGUAUAAAAAUUACUCCUGAGUUCCAGCAGGCAAUCCGUUCGAACUCUCCUGUUUCAGUGACUGCCAACCUCAAUGCUCCCUUUCCAGAGUACCUGAAUCUGGCCCAAUCCAUUGUGGAGAUAGAGCUUUGUACGAAGCAGGAGGACUGGAGACGGAUGGGAAAGGUGUUCAGGUCCAUCUGCCAAUCCAGCCAUCAUCCCAACCAAGUGGAACAAAUCAGUGGCCGCAUCGCCAUAGCUCUCCUGUCAGAGAGCAAAGACAAGCUGUCACUGCCCUUUGCUACCUUUGCUGAGACAGUGUGUCCGAGUGAGGGUGACACCCUGAUCCAGAGUUUUUUUGGCAGAAUUGGAGUCUCACUCAUGCUAAGAUAUCACAAAACACAUCAAUGGGCCAAGGGUCGGCGGGUGGUGGAGAUGCUGUCCCUGUCAAAAGUCAGAUACUCAACGCUGAAGGGUUUGUUUGGGAAUGAAGACGGAGCUUCACGCUGCUACUUGGUCACUGUGGCAACCGAGCUUUUCCUCCUGAGUGGCAGUGUGGAGGGGGCUCUGAACACGCUACGAGAAAACAAAUGGUUCCUGAGUUCGCACUCAUGGCCAUGUGAGCCUGCAGAUCUGGAUAGUAGGAAGCAUGUGUUGAUGCGCCUGGCUGAGAAAACUUCUCAUCGGGACACACUGGAGGUUCUCUGUAAUCUCCCUGGAAUUAAAAUGCCAAAUGACUUGAUUGAUAUCUCCAGGUACGGCCCUCUGUUUGACUCUCAUCUACGAGUGUGCAUGGACAGACAAGUCCUUCCUGUAGCCUCAGAUACAGUAGACUUCAUGCUCUCUCACAACCUGGCAGUUGACCAUGCGAUGCUUCAGAUUCUUUUCCACAAACUUGGCAAGCAAAACCAUUGGCUCCGUGCACGGGAAGUCUUCAGACACUCUCUGAGUGUGGGGUACUACCCUGGUGUGUCUGCCCCCCCUGGUUUCAUGGCGUUGAUCGUCCCCUGUCAUCUGGGGGAGGUGGAGCUGGCUCUUGCCUUUGAGAUGUUCAUCGCUGUCAAUGCAGCGGCCAUCCUCCAAAUUUCAGAGACCACCACAUCUUGCCUCAGCAUCACUCUGAAACGGACUCAAAGCAGCGAGAGUGAGUACCUCUUAGCUGGUAGCCGCCUCCUCUCUGCAGCUUGUAUCCCUCAGCCCAAGCUAAUGGUUCACUACACAGAAGUGAACUCUUCACAGGAGCAAGUUUUCACACUUGACAUUUUCUCUGCUCGACGAUGGCUCCGCCACAAUCAUUUGUGGGCAAAUGAAGUGUGGACACAUUGACCCGAACACGGUUGUUUUCCUGCACUCCCUGGAAGCACUUGAUUGAUUUUCUUUGUACGAAGUUUUAAUAAGAAGUUGUUCUUGUCCAAAACGUUUGCUUCUGUUGUUUUUCUUAACGUCACAGACUGAAAUGCAACUGUCUGUGUUUGUAUGGAGGAUGUGUUUGUGAUGUCAAAAGAUGAUCUCUAUUUUGCAGUUGCCAUAGUUACACUCAACAGGAGUCAUCAGCGUUGAUGUCCCUGAAGUCAAGGUCCAUGCAUCCAUGUGUCAGGAAACUGAUUUCUGGCCACAUUAGAGUCAACCAAUAUCAUCCGUCACCUCCAGUGGCCUUUUCCUGUUUUGUUGAAGAUAUGUGGUUUACCUCUUCAUGCUGCCGCACCUGUGUGUGUGUGUGUGUGUGUGUGGGGUGGGGGGUUGGAGAAGCUUGAUUACUUGCAUAUGUGUUAGGCUUUUCUUCAGAGCGUCCUGCGGUGUCUGAUUGGCCUAAUGGCCUCAUAAUGCAUGACUUUGAAACACAAGGCUGACUUUACACAGCACAUUGACUUCCACAUAUCUGGUGAUCUUUGUAUUCAGUUUGUUGAAUUAAUAAUCAUAGAAAAAUAAAAUUGGGAUAGCUGCAUUGUCAUUGAGACAUUCUUUUCUUCUCUACAGAAGAAUAAAAAAUGCAGCUUUAAGUAUUUUACUUAUAUCCACAGUUAUUAGAUAUUUUCGGUUUCUUACAAAGUGUUCAGGGUAAAGCAGAUCUACAUGGCUGCCAUUGACCCACAUUGUCAUUAAUCACAUGUCAUUUCCUGGUAUUUAACCAGCACAGAAUCUUGUUUAAGUUCUAUCGUAUUCGGCCUAAUGGCUUACUCAGUGUCUAUGGUUCAAUGAGAAAAUGUUCUAAGUAGCAACAUGCAAAUCCAUUUUUAAUAAACAGACGUUU